UCCAGAAUUGAGGAACGAAAAAUAUGGACAAAAUGAAGAAGAAGAAACAGCAGGAUGAUCCAAAAGGUGGAAAUGCGAUAUUUAUGUCCGUAUCACCAUUGAAAGCUCUUAUUCUGCAUCUGAUCUGUGGAGUAGGGUUAGGUUUAGCUUUCUGGGUAGCUGAACACAUCUACGCCGUCGAUCUCAUCACUCACCCAUCGCAAACGCUUCGUUUGAUUUCUGUUUGUUUCUCUCAAUCCGCAAGCAUUAUAAUAUACUUCACAUUCAUUUCCUGUUUAUUUUCUUUUUUACAUGUUCCUGAUUUUGAUUCGAAUUUAGUUUUUCAGGUGUUUGUGGCUCCAAUAGUGAUUCUUCUUUACAGUCACCUUCGACACGAUAGGAGCCAAUGCUCUUACGUCAAAGCUAUAGGACGAGGCCUACUGGCGCUUCCUGCUGGGGCCGUAGUAAAUGCAGCGGGAGCUACUAUAUUAGGAGCACCUGUUGGUUUCGAGUGUUUUCCCAAGACCCUUAAUUGGUCUCUUCUGAUGUCACUGCUCACUUUUGUACCAGCAGCUUGUGUUUUCGGCUCAUCAUGGACUGAUUGGCACCGUGUAUUUGCUAAAACAAAGACAAAUGGGUCCACAGACUGUAUGAUCUGUCUACCAGCUCAUGGAGCUGUUAUUGGAGCGUGGUUUGGUGCUUGGCCAAUGCCACUUGAUUGGGAAAGCCCAUGGCAGGAAUGGCCUAUUUGUGUGACUUAUGGAGCUAUAGCUGGUUAUCUCGUGGGGCUUUUGGCAUCCUUGGGCUGCAUUUUCUUCCGUAAGCGCCAGCAGUAUCUAAAAGAAGAGUAGAGCCUGGCUUCUGAGAAUUAGCCGUGGAAGGCGCUUGAUGCUAAUAAUAGUCUUGGGACGAAGUUAGGCCUUUGUUACUCAACUACAUAGCAAUAUGAUAUCCAAUUUUGCUCUCUUUCUAUAUUCAGUAUAUCUUUCUUCUUUUUCUAGAGUGUAGUCCAUUUCUUUUGGAGUAAAUUCUUUAACACAUUGUGAAAAGACAAGAUAUCUAGCAUUUUGUUUCUGUUAACUUGGACAUUAUGGAUUUGUAAGUUCAACCACUUGUACAAGUCUCUCUGGACAUUCGGGUUACUACUUACAAGUUGCGACACUUA